ACGUCCCCUGCCCUCCUUCAGACCCGGCCCGGGGUGCAGGCGCGGCCCCGGAGGCCCCCUCCCGCCGGGCUCGGGCGGAGCCGGACGGCCUGGCGGGAGCAGGCGCCGCGGGCCGCGAGCUCCUCAUUCGAACCUCCCUCGCAGACAGUCUCCGCCCCACAAUGCACCGGGGCGGGCAGCCUUUGAAAAAGCGGCGCGGCUCGUUCAAGAUGGCGGAGCUCGACCAGUUGCCUGACGAGAGCUCUUCAGCAAAAGCCCUUGUCAGUUUAAAAGAGGGAAGUUUAUCUAACACAUGGAAUGAAAAGUACAGUUCUUUACAGAAAACUCCUGUUUGGAAAGGCAGGAAUGCGGGCCCUGCUGUAGAAAUGCCUUUCAGAAAUUCAAAAAGAAGUCGACUCUUUUCUGAUGAAGAUGACAGACAAAUAAAUACAAAGUCACCUAAAAGAAACCAGAGAGUUGCAAUGGUCCCACAGAAAUUUACAGCAACAAUGUCGACACCAGAUAAGAAAGCAUCCCAGAAAAUCGGCUUUCGACUGCGGAACCUCCUCAAGCUUCCCAAAGCACAUAAAUGGUGCAUAUACGAGUGGUUCUAUUCAAAUAUAGACAAGCCACUUUUUGAAGGAGACAAUGACUUCUGUGUGUGCCUAAAGGAAUCCUUUCCUAAUUUGAAAACAAGAAAAUUAACAAGAGUAGAAUGGGGAAAAAUCAGGAGACUAAUGGGAAAACCUCGGAGAUGUUCUUCUGCAUUUUUUGAGGAAGAGAGAUCAGCCUUAAAACAGAAGCGGCAGAAAAUCAGGCUGUUACAACAAAGGAAAGUUGCAGAUGUUUCUCAGUUCAAAGAUCUCCCCGAUGAAAUUCCUUUACCCCUGGUUAUUGGAACCAAAGUUACAGCGCGAUUACGUGGCAUUCAUGAUGGUCUGUUUACUGGACAGAUAGAUGCUGUGGACACUCUUAAUGCUACUUACAGAGUAACUUUCGAUAGGACAGGGCUUGGGACUCACACCAUUCCUGACUAUGAAGUUCUUAGUAAUGAGCCUCAUGAGACAAUGCCAAUUGCUGCCUUUGGACAAAAACAGCGGCCUUCUCGUUUUUUUAUGACCCCCCCACGGUUACAUUAUACCCCUCCUCUCCAGUCACCAAUUACAGAUGGUGAUCCUUUACUAGGACAGUCACCUUGGAGAAGUAAAAUUUCUGGCUCUGACACGGAGACGUUAGGAGGCUUUCCAGUGGAAUUCCUUAUCCAGGUGACUAAGUUAUCAAAAAUUCUCAUGAUUAAAAAAGAACAUAUCAAGAAAUUAAGGGAAAUGAACACAGAAGCAGAAAAGCUGAAAUCAUAUUCCAUGCCCAUUGGCAUUGAAUUUCAACGGAGAUAUGCAACAAUUGUUCUGGAGCUUGAGCAGUUGAACAAGGACCUAAACAAAGUUCUGCAUAAAGUUCAGCAGUAUUGCUAUGAGCUUGCACCAGACCAGGGCCUCCAGCCUGCUGAUCAGCCAACAGACAUGAGGCGGAGGUGUGAGGAAGAAGCCCAAGAAAUCGUCCGGCAAGCCAACUCCGCCUCAGGACAGCCCUGUGUUGAAAACGAAAAUCUGACAGACUUAAUCUCUAGGCUCACUGCAAUUUUAUUACAAAUUAAGUGUCUGGCAGAGGGAGGAGACCUGAAUUCCUUUGAAUUCAAAUCUCUCACAGAUUCAUUAAAUGACAUAAAGAACACAAUAGAUGCUUCUAAUAUCAGUUGUUUUCAGAAUAAUGUAGAAAUCCAUGUUGCACAUAUCCAGAGUGGUCUGAGCCAGAUGGGAAACUUACACGCCUUUGCAGCCAACAACACUAACAGAGACUGACACAGGAGUCCUGGUACCCGGCUGCACACGGCCUUCGUCUGAGGAGUCCUCUUCCUUAACCUCAGCCUCCAACACCAGAUAGCCUAUCUGCUGGAAAACAGGGGAACUGCACAUCUGCACAUACGGCUUUUUAAUACACUGUACUGCUUCGUAAACCAGCAUCGUGCUGACCAGCAUUUAUUUAUUGUUCCUUUAUUAUCCAGAUGCAGUAGUGUUGCUUAUAUUUCAUGUUUAUCAGCAAAUAUUUUUAACCUGAAACUAUCUGAACAUACUACCCCACGGAGGAGUGUGCUCACCAUUGUUUAUACAUGCAUGGACUCUGCUCGCACAUGCAGACAACUUCUGUGACAGAGAACAUGAAGAAGCAUGGUCUGUCCGUGCGUGACGGUGGGAAUCCCAUCUGAGAAUCACCGGUCCAGUGGAUUUAGUUGAUCAUUAUAUCUCAGGCUUCGAAAUAGACGUUGAGAGUGUGAGAAGUCCGAGUCGUAAGGAGCCUGCUGGAAUAUGAAUGGGAAACAUGGACUUAAGUAUAUGUUUCAUAUACUGACAGUGUGACAUGGUUCUAUAGAUCAGUUUAUAAUAAUAAAUAUUUUAAUUUAUCAUAAUUUAUAGAAGCUUUGUUGUUUAUCAGCAGAAGGAAAUGAAGGAGCAGGAGGAGCUGUACUGUGCAUUGCUGGGUCCCAGCGAGUAGCGGGUCAGCCUUCCUGAGUCAGGGCAAAAGCGCUAUUGUUAAGACUUACUUUAAAAAAAGACUGAUGACACACUAUUUUCGUAUUUUUUGUUUAUUUGCACAACUUUAAACCAGAUAACUGGUUAAAAUUCAACAAUACACAAUUUAUAAAGUGAAAAUAUUUUAUAAGGAAAGCAUAUGACCAGUGUGAAUUACAGAGGGAGGAGGUUUGGUUUUACUAGUUUUCUUGUUUGGUUUGUUUUUUUUUCUUUUUAAGAAAAACCCUGCCUAAAAUAAUCUUGUAAAAAGUAUGUAUUUUAAAAUUUUUGUUUUAAUAUAGAAUAUUAUAAAGCUGAAAUAUAAUUGUUUUCAGAUUUGGAGUUUAAAAUAGAGCUAUAGAGGUGGUUCUGAUUCUUUGACAUCUCAUAAAAUGAGACUUUUGUAUAUUAAUGUAUAAUAAAACUGAAAUAAGAUUAUUUUCCUUGAAAUUUUUGUAUAGUUUAAAAAUGCUUCUGUGUUCUUUGUUGGUAUUGGGGCACUGCAGAUCUUAGUGCAGAGUUUAUAUUUAGCUAAACUGUUAUGUUAAUUAAGAAAUGCAUAAAUCUUUUAUUCUUAAUAUUUGUAAUUCUGAAUAAAUCAAUCUAUGAAAUUUAA